UUCAUAGGAACAGCCAUAAACUGCAGUAUUUAAUGCAGUUAUGGAUUUGAUUGAGCUUCAAUAAGGCAAUAACACGUUGGUCAGGUUAAAACAGCACUAAGACAUGACUCUUUAACCUGAAAAUCACUUCAGCUGUUCAUUUUCUGUUCAUCUAUUGGCCACUAGAUGGCAGUAAUAAUGCAUUUUGUCAAUUCUACAAAACAUUUAAUAUUAUAUUGUCGAAUUGUCGAGUUGGUGUCUUUUUAUUGUCAAGUAACACCAGGAGAUAGAUGUUAGCAGAAUAUAAUUUUAGAUUUUUGCGCUUUUUAUUUUCUGUAACUGCACAUUGCACUCUUAGGCGUCAUCGGGCAUCAAGGCAGGAUACACCCUGGACGGUGUGCCAACCCAUCGCAGGGCACACACACUCAUUCACUCACGCAAUCACGCAAUCACACACUACGGACAAUUUUCCAGAGAUGCCAAUCAACCUACCAUGCAUGUCUUUGGACCGGGGGAGGAAACCGGAGUACCUGGAGGAAACCCCCGAGGCACGGGGAGAACAUGCAAACUCCACACACACAAGGUGGAGGCGGGAAUCGAACCCCAAACCUGGCGGUGUGAGGCAAACGUGCUAACCACUAAGCCACCGUGCCCCCCCAUUCAUAUUUCAUUUUUUUAUAAUUCAUAUUUUCAUAGAAAGUAUAAGUUGACUAAAAUGUACUUGGUCUGUAAAGUAGUCUUUAUUUAUUUUAACCUCUACAAAGUAUUUCUACAACAUUUAAAAUUAUUCCCUUGUUGAUGUCUUUUUCUAUUGUAAAGUAAUCACAGAAAAAUACAAUACAGUGUCCUGGAGAGCAUUUUGCUAACGUUACUGCAAUGUUGAUGACCCCAGAACACAAAGCCAAGGGUUAUGUGGUUUUAAGAGCUUCCUGUUUACUCGAAUAGUUAGCAGUUACUGUAUAUGUGAGAUAAACCCUCAGUUGUUCAGUUUUGCGCUUCUUAUUUUUUAAUAUUCCUUUUAAUAACUCUUUUAUUUUCUGGUUUAUUAUCAUCAACAUCUAUUAACCAUUUUGUAUCAGAAAUUAUUCACAUUUGCCAUAGAGAUAGAAAGAUUGUAUGAAGAACUUAAGGUGAAGCAUCAGCAGAUUCAAGAAGAAGAAAUAAAUUCUGCUUGCUAGUGUGAACUGAGGCUGAGCCCGAGAUGCUUAAAAUGAGAUCACACUAGCAAGCAGAAGUCACGCAUUUCAUGUGUUGUGAAGCAAUAGUGAGGUUCAGAAAUGCAAGCUGUCUAUGAAGAUAUGAGUUUUAAUCUCUGCAAAAUGGACAAUAGUGAAAACUAUCACUCUCCAACAGACACAGAGGAUGAUGUUUAUGUGAAUACAGAAGACUGUCGCUCAGAGCCGAAAAAAUCAGGAUCACAAGCAGUGGAUGAUGACUAUGUGAACACACAGCAGCUGCAUGCAAAGACUAAACAACGCACAGCUUCAUCUAGUUACAACAUCAUCAUAUCUGCUCUUGGUCUUCUGCUGCUUGGAGCUUUAGCAUCACUCUGUGCUGUAGGGAUCCUGUAUCACAAUAAAGUUGUUUCCACUGAGAUAUUAAGUGAAGGACACGAGAACACUACAGCCAAACUGAUGGGGCUAAAAUACAAAGCCACCGAGACAGAAAAAUUGAUUGGGAUGCUGAAGGCAAAAUACCAGCAAGCUCAUGAACGUCUCUCUGCAUGCAAUGGAAAACAAAACUGUACACUUUGUGAGGAAGGAUGGAAGUCUCUUGGUUUAAAGUGUUACUACUUCUCCACUCAUACACUGAACUGGACACAGAGUCGAGAUUACUGUGUGGAGAAAGGAGGCCACAUGGUGAUUAUAACCAGCCAAACUGAACAGGACUUUUUAUUCUCACAAAUUAAAAAAACACACUGGAUUGGCUUGAAUGACUUGAAGACUGAGGGUCAGUGGAUGUGGGUGAACAACCAGCCCUUAAACAAGACGGGUGUAACGUUCUGGUUUAGUGCUCCAGGGGGACCAAAACAGCCUGAUAACUGGAAGAAGAUGGACCCUUCUGGAGAGAACUGUGCUGCUCUGGGGGAUGCAGUUGGUAACAUACAUAAAUGGUUUGAUGCUUCUUGUAGUGCAAUCAAAAAGUACAUCUGUGAAAAGUAAAAGACAUUUCAAUUACAUUUGUGUCUGCAAAUAUUUGUUUUUAUGAAUGGGGACAAUUCUUGGUUGUUCACUAUAAAUAUUUGAUAUUGAAAAACAGCUAACAUGAAGUUUACCUAUUUACU